GUCAAAAAAGCCGCGCAAUGUGCUAUUUCGACCAGAUAAGUGGAGCCGAAGACUUGAGCAGAGGGACGAUAUCUUUGUUCUAUUUCUCUCUCCUCAUUCUCUCUCCUCUAAGACACAACGUACGGACAGUUGGACACUGUUUUUACAUUCCUCCACUGGAAUCUACUUCUCCAUAGCAAUUUAUUUGGUCUCUGGAACUCAACUCUGCUUUGCUCAAGCCUUUCGAGACUAUCAAUUAGAUCAAAACUUUUUUCUCAAGGUACACAAAAAGAAGUAGAAGAGGAAGAGGAGGGGAUGUCUUUCAUUGGGACUCAACAGAAAUGCAAGGCUUGUGAGAAGACAGUGUAUCCUGUGGAGCUAUUGUCAGCUGAUGGAGUUAUUUAUCAUAAGUCUUGCUUCAGAUGCACCCAUUGCAAAGGCACUCUUAAGCUGAGUAAUUACUCGUCGAUGGAAGGUGUUUUGUACUGUAAACCUCAUUUUGAGCAGCUCUUCAGGGAAUCCGGGAAUUUCAAUAAGAACUUCCAGUCGCCAGCUGCCAAAUCAGCUGAAAAGUUAACUCCGGAGCUGACAAGGUCCCGUAGCAAAGCUGCUGGAAUGUUCUCUGGGACUCAGGAAAAAUGUGCUACCUGUGGGAAGACGGCUUACCCUCUGGAGAAGGUGACAGUUGAGAACCAAUCCUACCACAAGUCGUGUUUUAAGUGUUCUCACGGAGGAUGCUCCUUAACACCCUCAAACUAUGCAGCUUUGGAUGGAAUCUUGUAUUGCAAGCCUCACUUCUCCCAACUGUUCAAGGAGAAAGGUAGUUACAACCACCUAAUCAAGUCGGCUUCGAUGAAACGCCCAAUA